AUGCUGAAAGACAUUCGGUGGAACUGCGGAGCCAAUCAAACGGUGGACAAUCGGCGCCAUGCAACCACUGCAGCAUACAAACAACCCGUUUCCGCGAUCAAUGGCGUUGACACCGCUUCCGCUACUCAAAGGCUUCAAAAGGAGCUGAUGGAUCUCAUGAUUUGUGGAGGGGAUCUUGGGGUUUCAGCAUUUCCGCAAGGCGAAAGCGUUUUUACAUGGAUCGGCACGGUCGAGGGACGAAAAGGAACCAUGUAUGAGGGUUUGUCGUACAAGGUUUCCUUGCAUUUCACGUCGGACUAUCCUUUCAAGCCACCUGAAGUGAAGUUUGAGACCAUUUGCUUUCAUCCCAAUGUGAAUCAGUUUGGUAAUAUCUGCCUUGACAUUCUUCUGGAUAAGUGGUCUUCUGCUUAUGAUUGUAGGACCAUUCUUUUUUCAGUUCAAAGUCUACUGGGAGAUCCGAAUCCUGACAGUCCUCUCAACACCUAUGCCGCGGCUCUUUGGAACAGUAAGGAAGAUUGCAGAAAAAUGGUCCAAGCACGGCAUUUUGACUGA